AUGGCGGACUUGGAGGCCCGAUACGUUUUCAUCAGGGAAGAGGAUGGUCAUGCCGCCCGGGUCAGAAUGGGCCGAAAGGCCCAAUGUGAGGUCGGGCUGAGGGCAUUUUGGGUAAUAGUUAACCCUCAUGCAUGCGCCCAAUUCGUCCGGCCCGCCAAAUGCUUCUUGAAGAAAGUCCUCUCCAAGGCCAAGGAAAAAAUAAUCGCUCCAGUCGAGCGCCACGUCAUUCUCCACACCAAGCCUGCUCCCGUAACCCUCGUAAGUCGCUGGAGAGUUUGCAUACUUCUGCUUCUCCUCCAUUGGCAGCCCAAAAAACCCCCUCCACACCUCCCGGGCCCGGCCCAUCAACUCCGGGCCCACUCCAUGGCCCGUCGCCUGAAAAAAACCCCACUUCCUGCAGGCCCAAUCGAUGGAGGCCUCUGUUUUUCGGCGUAUUUCGAUGUCUUCAGACAAGAGUCCACGCAUGUCGAUAACCGGGAUCUCGAGGUUGUCGGAAAUUGGGCCAGAAGAAAUGGGCCGGUCCGCGGGCUUUUUUAUGUAGCGGUUGGGUAUGGCCCGAAUACCACUUUCUGA